AAGGUGGCAGCGCCCAUCAGCUGUGAACCUUUUGUUUGUUUGCGCAGCACAAUUUGUAAGUUGAAUUUAUUGCCACUAUUUUUACUUCAACAAUGGGUAAAAGAAAUAAAAGCCGAUCAGUAAAGAAGGCUAUUAAGCAUAAGCACCGUCAAAAGAAUCUAAAGCAUAUAAAUGCCCCGCGCAAAUCUAAGAAAGCGCCAAAUUUGCUUCCAGCGGCAAGCACGUGUCAAGCAUCAGAAGCAGCAACAGGACUUGCAAUUUCAACUGCAUUUCCUGUUUCCACAACUUUGCACCACAUCAAUCUUAAAAAUAACACCAAGGACAGUUCUAGGAUGGCGCCGCAACAUCAACCCUUUCAGAAGAUUAAGGAUCAGAAUGUUAAGAAACGGGUUAAGCGUCUUAAUAAUAAAAAGAAGAAAAAUAAAAUCACUUACACACAGAAGCUGGCAAAUUCUUUAAAGCGCCGCGCAUUAAUUUCUCCCAAGAAUUCUUCAGCUUGCGGCACCAAACGGAAAUUGAACUUUAAAAAUGCUGUGGAGCUGGAAAUUCAACAGCAACAGCAACUGCCAAAGCCAAAGUUUUAUUUAAACAAAAAGCAGGCUGGAGGCUCUAAGAUGCGAAUGAACGAAACAAUUGAGGAUGGCGAAAUAAUUGAGGAGAUUGUGAGCAGUGACGAAGAUGACUGCAUUGUAUUGGAUGCAGUUGUGGAGCAAGUAGACGUUGAAGAGGAUUCCAGUGACAAUGAAACGGCAUCAAGGCAAUCAAAUACGGACCUUAAUGAUAAUAUUCCAACAAGUAGUCGGUUUGUUGUGGACAGAAUAGGCGAAUACGGAUUGUCCUGGUCUACGAACAAUGGCUUUUCUUAUCCCAUAAGAAAUACCGAUUAUAAGUCAAAUGAUAAUAAGUGCAUUAUAAUAGAUGAUAGCUUCGAAACAUCGAGUAGUCCUAUGAAAAGUGUUGAAGAUCACAAGCCAAACAAUUUGAUGGACGAUAGUGUAAUAUUUAUACAAGACUGUAAGAGCGAAGAGGACUUCAUACCACUUCCGGCUGACGAAAAGCCAGUUCUAAAACGUGUUAAGAAAGGCAAAGAUGUAAAAGCCGAACCAACGCCGAAGAUUAUGAGGCGCAUGAAUGAAAGCCUGUUUACCACAACGGAGCGUAAGAAGUUGGAUAACUACAAUAGCAACACAUAUAAUCCGGGCACAAAGGUCUCCAGCACAGCCGACUCGAAUAAGCGACCCAUUAUCAUCGAUGGCAGCAAUGUGGCUUUUGGUCAUGGCUGCUCCAACAUAUUCUCUGCGGAGGGUAUAAAAUAUUGUGUGGAGUAUUUUCAAAAAAUGGGACACGAUGUUAAGGCUGUCAUUCCAUUGUUUCGUCGCAAUCCUCACAAAUCUUCCAAUCCUGCGCUGCUCGAUCAGCUGCACAAGGAUAACAAAAUAGUAUUUACACCUUGUAAAAAUUUACCCAAUCAACAAAGCAUUAGCUAUGAUGAUCGUUUCAUUUUACAAUUGGCUUAUGAGCGCAACGCUGCUGUUGUGUCCAAUGAUAACUAUCGUGACCUGAUACAUGAGAAUCCGGCAUUUAAGAAGAUAAUUGAGAAUCGUGUUAUUGGCUAUUCUUGGUGCGAUGAUAUUCUAAUACUCCCCAAAGAUCCCUAUGGAAGAUUUGGACCACCUUUGGAUGAAAUCUUACGUUGUUAGUUCCACAAAUUUAUUUCUUGAAUUUAAUUUAAUUUACCUUUCUUAGUUUGAAGUUUAGUUUUUGUUUUCUUGUAUAAAGUGUAGUUUAUUGUGUUUAAAAGUGAAGAUAAUAGAUUUAAGGAAAAA